AUGGCAAGUACAGCGAGCCCCAGAGAGAGCUUUGAAGUUCGCCAAGUCUCUUCAACUGAAGACUGGCACCCCAAUCUUUCCAAAUCUUUACCCUUGUCUCCCGCUCGCCAAGCACUCGUCGACGACAUAAUUGCUCUUUAUAGCUAUCUAUCUACCAUCGAACGUAUCAAAAGAUAUACGCCCGACUGCGUAUAUGAUGACCAAUUCGUUUACGCCAACGAUCGGUACAAGAUGGCCGGGCAAUGGUUUGCGCUCCCAAAGUUGUUUAAGGAUAGCAAGAACGAGGGGUAUCAAAUUGUGAGAAGUGAUGACGAGGUUAUUUAG